AUGGAAUCGGAAUUAGUAUCGGCAUCGGCAUCAACAUUAGCUCUUGAUGAUGGUAUUGAGAAUUUGCAGGCGCGAGUCUCAUCCCUGAAGAAGCAGCUGCGUGUGCAGACUUCGACGCUCAUCGCGGCGCCGUCAACACGGGAGCUGCUGUCCGGCGCUCCACGGGCCGGCAAACUGCUCGCGCAAGCGGCCGCGCAAGAGGCGCACAACCAGCAGUGUCUGUACCGCGCGUGUGCCUCCAUCACCACAUUUCGCGUGCAGGACCCCGACCCCAACGCCGUCGACGGCGGUGCCGCGCUGGGCCUGCGCGUCGAGGUCGUCAGCCGGGCCAAGUUCCUACGCCCAUACUACGUACUACUCAACCGUCCCUAUCCCAACGCCAGCCGCCACCUGCGCGUCCACCGCCACACCGUUCCGCCCUGCAUCCCCUUGGCUGGCCUGGCAGCGCGUCAUCUCCCUCCCCCGCCUGCCCCGGACCAGGGCCUGGCGCGGUUUGCGCGUUCGCUGCGCCGCGAGAUUGUCCGCUACCACCACCGCCUGGGCGUCGUGGCUGAUCUGCGUAAGGCCGCUGGGUUGGGCCGGAAGAAGAAGCGAAUUGCCGAAGACGAGGGCGGUGAGGAAGAGCAGGAGGAGGAGCGACAGGCGCGGGGGCUGAUCAACAUUAAUCCCGCCGAUGCCGAGGCGAAGCAGCUGAGCAUCGAAUGGGUUGACGGCCGCACCGGUCGGCUGGUCUUGGGCGACGACGGUGAAAUUCUCAAGUUUGUGGCUGUCGGCGAUAACGGCCGAGACCGCGACGCCGUAAGGGAGCUCCUCGGCGGCGCAGCCCGGGUGGAUGAAGUGGUGGAGCGGCUGGCAUCUUCUGGGUGA